UAGGAUACAUUACUGCAUGACAGGGUACACUCAAAACUAGUGAAGGGUAGUCCUGUAUCGGACCUUUUUUCCUUCUGAGGCACCCCGUUGCAGCUUGAUCAGGUUUGUUGCCGGUGAGGUGUGGAUGAGCCAACAAUUAUACACUUUACCGAGAUAAGUCGUGUUUUGAUAAAUCAUGACGUCAUUUUCAGGUGUGUGGUACAGGCGUUCAUCGUGUAGCUUGUCUCCCUUGCUUUGUUCACGAUGAGCGGCCUGGCGCAAACUCAGUCGGUGCACGCCCGACUAACAAACUCCGAAAGCGCGUCCUCAUAUUCUGAGGAGCCAGAAAUCCUCUCGCAUGAAGAAUAUCCACCUAUACCACACGAAGCCUCAGAAGAGGUUGGCGCUGCAACGGACAGUCCGAAGAGACGCCAUCACUCCACCAGCUCCCUCCAGGUGUGCGACCUCAAGGCUAGCGUUCAAGAAUCACCGACGACAGGGGGGUGGCGACGGAGCCGUCGUCGUCUGACAAAAUCUACAUUGUCUGGUCGUCAAGAUACGCGACGACAACGCCGGACGGAGCUUAGACUGCUAUCCGUGUUUCUGACUGUUACCCUUGGGAUCUAUCUCACAAAAUAUCUUUCUCAAUGUGUCUGGCCGCCCCGGCAUGCUGGCCUGAGUUCAGACGCGACCCCUCCUGGCUUGCAACGUACGGAAACGCGUUUUCGGCUUUCAGGUCCACUGUCUACUGCAACUGGAAAGGGUCGCCGUCUGGCGGCUGAGGAGCGAGAUGGAGGCAGUGGUGAUUCUCCGGGUGAUACGGCGUCCCAGGAAGAAAGCAAAAACCCAUUUUGCAACUCACCAGGAAUCAGUGGGGAUGCGGAGGGCGUUCGAUUGGCAAGCUCAGGUAACAGUGACCAGAGGGAUGUUGGCCCAUUUGGGGACAGACCCGCUGCCCUAAGGAGGCCAGCGAGCAGCAGCUGGGCAUUGGCAGUUUCAGGAGAAGACACUCAAGGAAGUGUAUUGUCGUCGAAUACAUCGGCGUCUUCAGAGCAGAUUCGAGGGGGUCGAGUUACUGAAGCCCAACUGCUCCGAGAAUUUGCUACCAAGGUGAUGGGUUUGGCUGCAGAAGCGUCUUCGAUGUUGUCCGCGCUCACGCAUUCCAGCACUGAAGUGAGAGGGGCUCUCUUGGCUCUAACAGAAAUAUAUGGCACGCUGCUAAAUGGGGCGGAUAACGUUGAAAAGGGAAUUGAAUCUGAGGGCAGACACGACCGACCGGAUAGAGACAAGCAUCAGUCUGUCGCUGGAGGCGAACGCGGAGUGGCAGAGAAAGAUAUCGAAUCUUUGGUACACAGUGGAAAAGGCAUUGACGAUACCCAGGCCGUGGACCAGCAGAAGCCGAGAUCCCGGCAACCCAUCCUCACUCGACUAGACACCUGGGAUGGGAACGCGUUUCCUUUGGGAACCAUUUUCGAAGUAGGAGAAGAUGACGUGCAUGCUGAUGACGACAACAUCGUGGACACCAAUUCGUUGUUCCGGAUCGGCAGCGCACCCGGAGGUCCCAAAGAAAAGCCGCUGUCACUGGCGCAAGCCAUCUCCGUUGUCGGAAUGCCCCAGGUUGCCAAACACGGAUGGGAUCCUUUCUCGUCGGCAACAAGCACCAGUGACGCAUGGGAAAAUUUUGUAACACAGCAACGUGAUGCCAAAGCGACUGCAGGCGAUGACGCCAAUGAUGUAACUGGCGGCCAGCCCCGCAGACCAUCGUACAGUGAGGUCCUACAGCAUCCCCCCGCCCGGUCACACUCUGCACCUCCGAGGAGCACAGCAGCAAACGGAAAAGGGAUGGCGAAAAGAGUGGCUGGCCUUGGACAGCGACUCACAUCAUCAGGGCAUCGACAGUCCGCCACUAGCCGAGACGCCUCAGAUGAGCGACCCCAUUAUCCCAGUGGACCUCGAGUGCCAGGACGAAGGCCCACCAACCGCUUCGAAAGCAUCGAUCGUUCAGCUUCUCAUAGGAGAGCAGGCGCGAGACCAAGCCUCCCCUCUAUGCCUCCACCAAAGCCUCCGCUGCCACAGAUAUCAAAAGUGGGUUUUGGCGCCUCAGGAACGCCCGUGCAACGGGGCGCCAGUCAGGGAGGGACGCCAUCAGGGUCUGAGAAACGCGAUGGUGGAGAGCCGUCGAAGGACGUCAAAGGACAGGGCGAGGAUGCAGGGCAACCCGGUGCUAGCGGAGGGCCACUGGGGGGUGCUGGAGGGGGAGGGCGCCGGCCUGGCGACGACGAGCGAGACGACGACAAGCGGAAGAAGGGUAAGGGGUCGUCGAGCGGUGGCGGGGAGAAGAAGAAAGAGGAGCAGGAGAAGAAGGCGAAGAAGGAGAGGGAUCAAAGGGAGGAGGCGAAGAAGGAGAGCAAACCGAUGGACGGUCGCGAGGCGAGGGGAAAAGAAGUGACACAAGGAGAUGGCGGCUUGAGCAGUGUCUCAGGCAAAGGAUCGACUGGUGAAGGGGCGGGGAAGAAGAAGGCGAAAAAAGACAGGGGUAGGCGGGCGAUUGAAGAGACUGUCAGAGACGUUACUGAUGCAGGGGUGACGAGUGAGGCGACGGGUGGUGUUCCGAAAGAAGGAGAACCGCAACAGGGCAGUGAUGACAGGGGUGUGCACGGUGGUGGCAGAGGAGGUGACGGUCCAGGAUCAGCUGGGGCGACUGAGACUGGAGAUGCCCUGCAGCAUGACUCAGGGGGUAUUGGAUCUGGGUCCGAAGACAGAGACAAGAGCCGGUCUGAAACAGCAGCUCGUGAGAAGCAGGUCAGUAAGCGACAGAAGUCGAGUGGAGGAAGGCGGAAGAAGAAAGGUGCUAGUGUUGCGCCACAGACAGGACAGACGACAACCGGAGAAGCCCCGAGGUCAGCUGUAGACUCAGAAGGGGGAAGGGCGGGACCGUUGGCCGCAUCCGACAAAAACAAAGCAGGCACUGAUGAAGGCGGAAGGGAUGCAAAGGGAGAUGAGGAUGGAGAGGCCGCCACCGCGGGACCGCGGGCUGGGGCGCAGCAUACAGGAGAACACGGCGGAGAGACUGAAGUGGUGGGUGAGACGGUGAAGGUCGCUGAGGCGGACGAGGAGGGCAGUGACGCCGCCGCUCAGCGGGAAGCAUUACGAACAGGAGCAAGACCCAAAACGUCUUCCGCAGCAGGCAGACGCAAGCAGAAAAUGAUGGAACAGCAUGCAGAACAGGCAGAGUCUGUAUCGACUCGAGUGUCAGCCGCCGCAGAGGUCCAGGAAGUAGCGUCACGAGGACGAGCGAGACAUCGCACACGUGCCCCUGAUACAAGGGCGGGAACAGGUGGUAGUCAUAAAGGUGUUAAGGCGUCUCUUGGACCUUCCGACGGCAAAGGAGGACAGGAUGGUGAUGUCACCUCGGCUGGGUCAGUACGAAAAGGACCGAGGUCUGGGGGGGUUGAUAUUCUGUCGGUGUCGUUGAAUAUAUCGUUCAAAACGACGGCGGUGCUCGCCGAGUAUCGGAGAGAACUCGAAUCUCUUGCAAUGAUGGCCGGGGCCACGGAAUUGCUUGACAAGGCUGUGAACGGCAAGGUAUCUUUGGAGGAGAUUGACGCACAUGAUUUUACGGUGCUUUCACAAGCCGUGAUCUUGGAGGCAGAAAUCACCUUCAAAUUGGAUUCCUUGCACGAAGUGGCAAAUGGUUUGAUCAAUCUGGUGACAGGAAAGAAACAGGCAGCGACAAAGGAGGAAGCGGCCACGCCUGCGGAAGCGGUGUCAACAUCAGUUACAGAAACAUCCCGUGGAACAGAAGAAAACGGAGGCGUGUUCGAAGAAAUUCUAGGCAAUAUUCAAGACGCACUCUCCGUUUCCCGUCAGAGAGGAGUGGCAUUGUUAUCAACCGAGCUUCGUCUGCGAGCACAUGCAAUCGAAAAAUAUGUCCUACCCGAACUGCCAGCCAUCGAUCUUCCACCACUUCCCCAUCAAAGCGGUUACGAUCCGAAGUCUAAAGACGUUCUGCACACCUCUGGAGGACAGUCGCUUCCGGUGGCGAUUCCCUCGACCGCUGUUUUCAUCCUGAAAGACUGCCUGAGCCAGUGGAAGGUUACAUCCGAGUCUGGUGCACUCUCGUCGUUAGAGGAGCGAUGGUGGACUCCCCCGUCGGACCCAGAGGAGGCAAAGAGACAAAAAGAGCGCACAGCAUCAGCUUUCCAAAUGGCUGCUUCACUUGUAUCGCUUAGGGUACUUCACGAAACCUCUCGACGUUGGGAUCUGUCUGAUGCAAUCAGACGAUCAGACGAUCCAAGGGUAAGACGGAUGCUCCACGAAACAGCAGGCUUACUCACUUCAGCGAUCAAGGCGGAAGUAUUGGCAAGCAGGCUUGCGGUUGAAGACUAUGCAAAUCUGAUACGUGAGACAGCAAGGGCCAAUGUGAGACGUCCAGACGAGGCGUGGAGGCCUCUCUCGACUAACCAGCAUGCGCCAGAAAUACGGGCCGCCAUGGAUGCGUCGGAUAAGGAGGCUGGAGCUCAUGCUCCGGUUUACGAAAGGAGGCCAGAUGUGUUAGACGGCACCGAAACGCACGAGAAGGACGGAGGCGAUGAGUCCACUAUGCAGUAG